AUGGGGGACGCGACACCAUCAGAGGAGACUGAGCUUGGGGCAGCUUGCUGUCAGCUGUUUGAAUGCAGCAUGAGGAAUGAAGCGAAAAGACUGAGGACUUUUAGGCAAUGGCUGGGCACCUCACCUGUGUCUGCCCGAGAUCUGGUCAAGGCUGGCUUUUUCUUCGUGGGUCCGAGAGAUCAAGUGCAGUGUUUCUGCUGUGGCGGUGUCCUGAUGGACUGGAGACCUGGUGACUGCCCAAUAGUAGAGCACCUGAAGUUCUUCCCUUCCUGUAGAUUCAUUUGUGGUGAGGAUGUUGGGAACCAAGAGAUGCUUCCUCUUCAGGAAAUCUUUGACACUGUGGAUGGGCAGUUCCUCAGUCUUUUGCAGGGCAUAGGCAGUGAGGAGACAGCCCUGCCCAAUGAACCAGAACACCCAGAGAUGUUAACGGAGGAGGUGAGACUAUCUACGUUUCGGAACUGGCCGCAAUAUACUGACAUACAUCCAGAACAACUGGCUAGAGCAGGAUUCUUUUACUCAGGACAAGGUGAUGUAGUGAGGUGUUUUUACUGUGGUGGAGGUGUGAGGAGCUGGUCAUUUGGAGAUGAUCCUUGGAGGGAACAUGCCAAAUGGUAUCCAGGGUGUGACUUUUUAUUGCUGUCAAAGGGGAGAGAAUUUGUUAGCAGUGUUCAGGAGUCCUUUUCUAGCACCCUGCUAUCUCCAAGAGAUUCCUGGGUUCAUACCGAACAAGAUCUUUCCGCUUCCCAAGAUGCUGUUCAGAGAGAGACUGAAACAUCAAGUUCAAGAGAAGAAAUGCCAGCUGUGCAACAAAAGGAAUCAGAUGAGUCUCGGAUGAGCACAGAAGAACAGCUCCGACGGCUGCAAGAGGAAAAGAUGUGCAAAGUGUGCAUGGACAGAGAUGUGUCUGUUGUGUUUGUUCCUUGUGGCCACCUGGUAGCUUGUGGAGAAUGUGCCCUCAAUUUGAGAUUGUGUCCUAUCUGCAGAGCGGUCAUCCGGGGAAGUGUGAAGACUUUCAUGUCCUGA